AACAUUUUUUUUCCCUAAAUAAAACCCUAAAACAUCUAAAAUUGGAUCUGAAUCGUGAUUCAGUCCCGACACUGCUGCUGCUUCUUCUUCUUCUUCUUCUUCUUCUUCCUUCAAGAUUAGGCAUCUUUCUUCAAGAUCGAGCCUAUGACAAGAAAGAUCCACAUUUUCUUCUCUUCUUUUUUGCUUUCUUCAAGUUUGAUUCUCUCGUUCCUUCCAAGUUCCAACGUUCUUUCCUUUUUUCUUCUUUUUUUGCUUUGUUUUUUCCCCUGCUUCUACACUUGCUUUGUUUCCUUUUGCAAAUGGAAACAACUUCAUCUAGGUCCAGUAAUAAGAAAGAUCCUGGUUGGAAAUAUAAUUCUUUGAAGGAUCCUAGUCAACCCAAUUAUGUUAUUUGCAAUUUUUGUAAUAAAACAACUACUGGGGGAAUCAAUCGAGCAAAGCAAUAUCAGAUGGGGCAUUUGGGUAAUGCUACAGUUUGUCCAAAAGUCCCACAAGAGGUUAAGGAAGAGCUAUGGAAUUAUUACAACGAGAAGAAGUCUCAAAAAUCCACUGGCUUCUCAGGUUCUUUUCAGAUGUUUAAUUAUUUAGAAGAUUGUAGAAUCGGUGAUGACGAUUUGGAUGAGGUUGAGUUAGUUGAGUUUAAUACAAGUGCACGUUUAGAUAGCUUCAAAUAUAUGGUAGAAGCUAUUGGGAGGUAUGGUACAAAUUUAAAGCCUCCUAGCUAUCAUGAGUUGCGGGUUCCAUUGUUGAAAAAGGAAUUGCAGCUUACAAAUGAUAUGCUAGAGGAUCACAAGAAGAAAUGGGCAAAGUAUGGUUGCUCAAUUAUGUCUGAUGGGGAUAGAUUGUAUGAGUUACUUGAUGCUUUUGUGGAGAGGAUUGGAGAGAAAAAUGUUAUUCAAGUGGUCACUAACAAUGGUAGCAAUUAUGUCUUGGUAGGCAAAUUGCUACAAGCUAAAAGAAAGAAUUUGUUUUGGACUCCAUGUUCAACACAUUAUGUGAAUCUCAUUUUAGAGGAUAUUGGAAAGCUGCCAAAUGUAAAAAGAACCUUAGAGAGAGCCAGUUUUCUAGUUGGGCUUAUAUACAACCACACCUCUGCCUUAAGUUUGAUGAGAACUUUCACAAAAAAGAAAGAACUAGUUAGGUAUGGGGUCACUAGGUUUGCUACAACCUAUCUUACUUUGGAAAGGGUUCACAAGCAAAAGCUUAACCUUAGAAAGAUGUUCACAUCAUAUGAGUGGAUGAAAAGCAAGUUUUACAAAGAAGCUAAGGGUAAGAGGGCUAUUGAUGUUAUCUUGAUGCCUUCUUUUUGGAAUGAGAUUGUGUAUGCCCUUAAAGUUAUGGGUCCUUUAGUGGGUGUUCUUCGCCUAGUUGAUAAUGAAAAAAAGCCAGCAAUGGGUUAUAUCUAUGAAGCAAUGGAUAGGGCCAAGGAAGCCAUUCAAAAGGCCUUUGAUGGGAAUGAAGAAAAGUAUAAGAAUGUAUUUUUUCUUAUAGAUAAGAGAUGGGAAAAUCAGCUUCAUCAUCCUUUGCAUGUUGCUGGUCAUUUUUUGAACCCUCAAUUCUUUUAUAAUGACCCAAGCAUUACAACAAAUAAAGAGAUUGUGAGGGGCUUAUAUGAUUGUAUUGAAAAGUUAAUUCCAAAUCAUGAUGAUCAAGACAAAAUCAUAGAUCAAUUGCACUUGUACAAAGAAGUUAAGGGGAUGUUUGCUGAUCCCAUGGCAGUACGGUCCAAGAGCAAAAGACCACUUGCUCAAUGGUGGAGUUCAUAUGGAAUGGAAACUCCAGAGUUGAUGAGCAUGACUGUUCGAAUUUUGAGUUUAACUUGUAGUACUGUUGGUUGUGAGAGAAACUGGAGUGUUUUUGAGCAAAUUCAUAGCAAGAAGAGAAACAGACUUGAGCAUAAAAAAAUGCAAGAUCUUGUAUUUGUUAAGUAUAAUCAAGCUCUUAAAGCUCGAUAUAAUAGCAAGGAUGAAAUUGAUCCAAUCUCCCUUGACUAUAUUGAUGAUAGUAAUGAAUGGUUGAUUGGAAAAAUGGGUGGUGAGCAAGAUGAUGCUGAAAAUGAACUUGUUUUUGGUGAUGAUGACUUGACUUGGGUAGAGGUAGCUAGAGCUUCUGGUGCUAAAGAGCCUAGAAAAUAUACUAGAAGAAUUUGUGGUAGACAAUCAGCACUAAAACCUUCAAGUUCUAAAGGAAAAGCUAUUGUACAAGAAAUUGAAGAAGAAGAGGCUGAUACAGAGGAAUCAAAGGAAGAGAUUAAGGAUUUUCACUCAAGUGAUGGAGAUGACAGCAGUGAUGAUGAUGAGAUGAAUGUAGUUGAUGAGGAUGACAUAGAUGCAGAUGAUUUAUCUUAGAUUUUGGAAUGCUAUUAUGCUGUUUUUGACUUUCUGCACUAUUUUAAUUUCUUGACUAUUAUGCUUACAUGUACUACUAGCUUUCUGUUCUGAUAAUUGAUGUUAUGAACUUUAAAAUCUUUUUUAUUAAUAUAUCAUGUUUUGAGUA